AUGUUUGUAGUCGUGCCUGGGAACGCCUGGCGCUUGCCCCGUCCUCGGGGCGGUUUGCACCGUCGCCCUACCUGGAGACUUUCCCUGAUUCACGGGAGCGAGGACGGUCAACAUGCGCUGACGAGCUCAGGUACAGCACGGAACGCCGCUUCACCGGCGACGAGCACGACCGCGACUGCAACGACGGCGCGCGUGGCAAACCGGGGCACCGCUGGCAGCGCCUCCUUCCUGGAGCCACGUUUUCAAGGCCGAACUGGUCUCAUUCUGGUAAACAUCGGGACACCGGCGAGUCUGAACGUUGCUGAUGUGCGGCGUUACCUACGCGAGUUUCUCGGCGACGACCGGGUGGUCGACAUCCGACCCAAAUGGCUCAAGACGAUUUUGCUGCAAGUGCUGCUCCUCACUCGACCAGCAAAGUCAGCGGAAGCUUACGCGAAUAUCUGGGAUAAGGAGACAGGCUCGCCGCUGUUGCACUAUUCUCAAGAACUUGCGACAAAGAUACAAAAGCGGGUCGGCAAUGGCUACGCAGUCGCUGUCGGCAUGCAGUUUGGUGAACCGAACCUGGUCUCGGUGAUGCACGAUUUUCGUCGACGCGGUAUCGAUCGAAUGAUUAUCGUACCGAUGUUCCCGCAGUACGCGAGCAGUACCACUGGGAGUGCCAGCGAGAUGGCUUAUCAUACCGCGAGCAAACUGUACUCUACACCGUACCUGCACAUCGUGCCGGCAUUCUAUGACCAUCCCGCCUACAUACAAGCCUAUGCGAACGUAAUCGAACGAGUCAUUGGGCCGCGAGGAUCACGACGCGUAGAUCACCUUCUGUUGAGUUUUCAUGGUGUCCCUGAAAAACACUGUCAACAAACUGAUGAUACUGGUUUAGUUUGUAUGCAGCAAGAGCAUUGCUGCAGCGCGUUGGUGCAAGCGAAUCGCAACUGCUAUCGGGCGCAGUGUUUCGCUACUGCCCGCGCUCUAGCACAGACGCUGGGCUUGGCACCUCACGAGUACUCGGUGUCGUUCCAGAGUCGCUUGACUGCUGCUGGACCAGAGUGGAUUAAGCCGUAUACCGAUGAAGUGUUGACGAUAUUGCCGAAACAGGGUGUGCGGCGCCUUGCUGUCGCCAUUCCGUCUUUCGUUACAGACUGUCUGGAGACGCUCGAGGAAAUCGGGAUGCAAGGGCGAGAAGAAUUCCUCAAUGCGGGCGGGGAAGAAUUUUACCUGGUGCCGUGUCUGAAUGAUUCCCAAGAAUGGGCCGAUGCCUUGCUGCGUAUUAUCGAGGACUCGUGUUGA